ACUAAUAAUCUCUCUGACAGCAUUCUACACACAAAGGCCAACUCUCUCCACUAUAUCUGAAACAUGCAGCGUCAAAGCCACAUUUCGAUUGCAAUUUUACUUAUGUCCGUCCUAUUUUGCUCCACAUUGACUAGAGCUCUUCAAGAACCUGAGUAUGGUUAUGAUAAAAAGAGUGCAAAAGGGCCCCAACACUGGGGUGAUCUUAAAGAAGAAUGGGCAGCCUGCAAAAUAGGGCAAAGUCAAUCUCCUAUUGAUUUGUCAACAAGCAGAGUGGAAGUGAUCCCCAAGUUAGGAGGGUUAAAGUACUGGUCCUAUAAGCCUCAACCUGCUACUAUCACCAACAGGGGUCAAGAUGUUUCGGUAAACUGGGUAGGGGAUGCUGGCUCAAUAGACAUAGAUGGAACAUCUUUCUUCCUCCAACAAGCCCAUUGGCACUGGCCUGCCGAACAUACCAUCAAUGGCCGAAGGUAUGACUUGGAGUUGCACAUGGUUCAUGUUAGCCCACAGCCUGAUGGAACAAACAAAACCGCUGUUGUUGGUAUUUUGUACAAGUACGGUUCGCCCGAUCCAUUUCUCUCCGAGUUGGGAAAAUACAUAAAGGACAUUCCUAAUGAGGAUGAUGAGAAAAGCGUAGGAGUGAUUGAUCCCUCAGAAAUGAUGAGGGGUAGCAAGAUGUACUACAGGUAUUUGGGAUCACUCACUGCACCUCCUUGCACUGAAGGCAUCAUUUGGACCGUUGAUAAGAAGAUAAGAACCGUUUCAAGGGGACAAGUGAAGUUAUUCAUGGAUACAGUACUUGAACAUUAUGCCAGAAAGAAUGCAAGGCCGUUGCAGCCCAUAAAUCAUCGGGAGAUACAACUUUACGUCCCAAAGCCAAAGAAUAAACCUCUGUAUUAAUUUGAGCAUCAUUGUAUUUUUUAUUUAAUUGAUUUGUUUCUGUAUUUGUUUGAAAUUCGUUCGUAUUAUGUGUAAUAAGUGUUUCUGCUCCGAAUGGAAACACAUAUAAAAGACGAAUAAAUAUUAAUAAU